CACACAAAAGACAAUAGCGACGAAACAAGAGCCGAGACACCAGAGGUAAUGAUGAUUGCUCGCGCCAGACUCGAGCCUGUACCUCCGCCAACAGGUGCUGUCAUAGCUGCGGAGAACAUUGUCGCCAAUGACGAGCGCGGAUGAGGAAGAAAAGCCGCUUUCUGUCAGUGUACUUAUUUCAUAAUCUCAUUUCGUAACAUCUGAAAAGGCGCAAAACAUGACCGCCUGAACGUGAGCGGGGAGCUUGUCAACAAGCUUAGAAAAGUUGCAGGGAGGAGGCGCGGCCCCGAUGACGAUCUUCUCGUGACACCGCCCGAUGCUUUCCACACCCGCAUUUCGCGACUGCCUUCAACAAUAAACCCCCCGAAUGACCGCGCGUGCACCUUGGACUCGUCGAUUACGAGUCGCUCUGUCUCGCUGAGACGAUGCUCACGCCGUCUGGCGGUUUCUUGGAGAAAUGGCCAGUACCAGCUUGACAGCUUCGUACUUGACGCCCGAUCCAAGCUUCAAUUGGUUUUUCCUGCUGGAACUGAUUGUCUCCUUAAUUCUUGCUCUGUUCUUCCUGUUUUACUUCAACCGGCUUUUUGGGACUCUCCUGUCAUAUGGGAUCCGAUCUUACACCUGGCACUACUACCGCGUUUAUGUCGAUAUCAAGGCGCUGCAAAUAUCGCUCCUGGGCGGCCGGAUAUUUUUCAAGGGGAUCCGUUAUCAUGGCGUGAAUGAGACAAUCUUCAUCCACGGAGGAUUCAUAACAUGGAGGUAUUGGAAGCGCAAAGUCGAGCGGACGGACCUUUCACGUGCAGGACACAAGAGUAAGGGUCCAAAUGCCUCCGAAAAGGACCAGAGCGAAGCUGUCCCUGGCGACCAUUCGGACGAGAGCAUUGGGGAGCAAGGCGGUGUCAAAAAAACGAUUGAACUCCCAUGCCGGGUCUCCAUCACGAUUUACGGCCUUGAAUGGUUCAUAUACAACCGAACUCCAGCAUAUGACAGUAUUCUUGCCGGCUUCGGUUACAAGGAUGGAAGCUUACCCGAAGAUGAUGAGUCCCUUCAGUCUCCGCUGGAGGCUCAACCGGAGCACCAACGCACCGGUAGUACAUUUGAUGUCAGGUCGGGAGAUGCUGUGAAGUCGACGGACACCAUGGGCAAAGAGCAGCAUCUCGACCCCCGCAAGACAGAAAUUCGCGACUCGGAACUGUCAGAACCUGUGUCCAAUCUGCUUCAGCUGCUUCCAGUCAAGUUGGUUUGCAGGAAGGGGGCCAUCGUGAUGGGGAAUGAAAACACUCGAUCCGUCCUCACCACGACUUUUGAUAACGCAGCGGGCACAAUUGCCGCGUGCAAGGCAGGUCCAUUGGACCUGUACCGGCAACUUUUUACCUUCAAAUUCGACCACCCGGUAGUUCAGAUGCGACCAAAUCCAGACUUCAAACAAGGCCAAGUUGCGACUGCCAAGACCCUCAGCGCAGUAAAAGAUGAGGAACCCUCUACGAAGCGUAGAAGGGAGCAUCCCUUCAGCUAUAAGCUCCAGAAACGGAAAAUAUGGCAUAGCAUCCGUGAGCUGGUCCCGUAUUUCCAAACGUCAGUGGAAUCAUUCCACGCCAGUAUCAGACAAAACGAAAGCAUGCCACGAAGCCAAGCUGAAUUCCCGGAUGUUCGAUGGGUCGGCUUGUCUCGAUAUCUGGAUGAAGAGAGUGACGAUGACCACGAAAAAUGGAACUCAGUUGAAUAUGGUCGAUUCUCGACAAUUCUCGAAAGUACUGGAUUGGAUCUGACAUAUUUCUGGGACAUCCCGGGGCGUGUUGGGCCCGACCCCCUGAGUUCUGACCGUGCAGACCAGCAGACAGAAGCAAACAUCAUUAAUGCUCUUCCUCCGGAAUGGGGAAUUGAUCUCAAGAUCCAUGGAGGUACCAUCAAUUAUGGGCCUUGGGCGGACAGGGAACGCGUCGGCUUGCAAAAUGUGUUUUUUCCGAACUUCUGUCGAAGCUCUGAACCGGCUGAAAAAUUGACCCCGGGCGUCCUGCGACAAAGCACUCUCUUCAGGUUGCGGAUGGAAAUCAUGGAGGAGCUCACUCUUCGCCUUCCGACCCGAGAGCCUUCCAAGGAUUGGAUGUGGAAGGGCCGAGCAGAUGCCAUCCGAGGAGCUUCCAAAGCCAAGAAGCCAAACGAGAGAAGGAAGCCCCGUCCAAAGGAGGGCGAGAAGGGUCACAUUGGCCCCGAUAUUCGGCCUUUCGGAUGGCUCUCUCUUCGCGUUGGCCCUGAUUCUACAGUCAAUUACACCAUGGAUAUGGUGGCCUCAAAGAAUGGAUUCCGCAAUGAGCUUUCGCUGGAUCUUCGCGAGUCGAGAAUGUCUUCCAGCGUGAAUCAUGGUUUGCUAUGGCAAUGUCCUCGCCAUUUGGUAACUUGUGACUUAUCCAACCCUCUCAUUUGGAACAGUCUACGAACGUGGCGGUUCACUGUUGAGAGCCAAGAUUUGGAGUUAUUUAUUCUGCGGGAUCACAUCUUCCUGUUGACAGAUCUUGUCAGCGACUGGGCCUCGGGACCUCCAUCUGACUACCACACCUUUGUGCCAUUCAUAUAUGACAUUGAUCUUAUCUUUACAAACCUGCAGCUCUUCAUCAAUGUGAACGACCGUAACAUAAUCAGCAAUCCUUCUGAUUUGGGGGACAAUCGAUUCAUUGUCAUCAAGGGCAAGAAUUUGAAUUCAAACGUCAUGAUACCUCUGAACAAAUACCAGCCCGAGCAAAAUGCCGUCGAGUUCAAAGUUGCCCUCGAGGAUGGAGGCGUCGACUACCUCAUUCCUCCCUGGGAUACGCUACACGCUUUUCUGCCUGGGAAGUCUAUGGCAACGCUGGAACGUCUUUUCAUCGAUGGAUCCUACAACUACUUCUCGACCACAUCAUCAGAACUGAUAGAUACAUUGGUUCUCAACAUCGACGGGGUCUCACCGCGGCUUUAUCUCUAUGGAUUUCUGAUCAAGAGCUUCAUGGCCGUCAGAGAGAAUUAUUUCGGCGAUGAGAUGCACUUCAAGACUCUGGAGGAAUAUCAAGAACUGGCCUAUGCCGACGCGCAACCUUCCAAUCCCACGGGCAUCAAUCCUAAUCGAAAAUCCAACGAUAUGGAUGUGCUGGUCCAUGUCACCGUUGGUAGUCCAUGUGCUCUGCUGCCUGAAAGCAUUUAUGACAAUUCAAGAUGCUCUCGCAUCCGUGCUGCAUCUCUCGAGGUUGAUUUAAGGUUUACAAACUACUACAUGGAUAUGCAGCUUUCGAUCAGUCCGCUCAAGCUAGAUUUGCAAUCUCACCAGGCUGAUGGCUCCUCUGUCAUCUCUGGUACCCAGCUGUUCAUUGAUGGGAUUUCGGCGUAUGGCCAUCGCUUGUUCGGACUCCCCCCCGCGGAGCCGACUUACGUUUGCAACUGGGACUUUGACGUUGGUAAAGUCUUGGGUGAAUGCUCCACAGAAUUCAUCGCAUGCCUGGCGUCUGGUCUCAAAAGCUUCGAUUUUUCAUUCGACAACGAAGAGAAUACGCUACACCCACUCUUUCCCCCGGUUCUCUUCGAUGUCACCUUCCUGAGAGCGAACAUUGCAUCCAUCCAUAUCACUGUGCUGCUUGACGAUAUCGCUGUUGUUCUUGAUUCUCAGCCUUUGUCCAUCAAAUUCAAUGACUGGGCAAACUCGAAGUUUUCGAAACGGUUGAGCUUCGUAGCCCCAAAUAUCAACAUUGCUGCUGUGGAGCGUCAAUUAGUUCCCCUUGCUUUACGAUCUGCCGAUAAGACCAUCUCUCCUCUGGGUCUAAUUGAGAUGGCAAUUCGUCUCAAGAUGGCGAUUCGCAAGCGGGAUAUAACGGAGAGUCGGCGCUUGCAACAGGAGCACAUCAAAGUCCAUGACCAACGAACCCAUCGAGCUCAAUGGCUUCUAUUUGACUGGGAAGAACUUGCUCCAACUUCAUCACUGCCACACGCCGAUGAUACGAUUUUCCCUCCGACGAUGCCCAUACCCUCUAUGCCGGAGCCUAUAAACAAGAGAUACGGAUCGAUGAUUGCUUCUUAUCGUGGGUUCCCAGCAACAGGUGCAGCUGCAAGCUCCAGGAGCUUCCUGGUGCAUUCUGAGACAUCAAGCCUCCGCAGUGCCAAAGCUUCCCCAAAGAACGUAUCCCGAUCUUCUUCAAGAUCCGAGCUGAAGCGAAGACAUGUUCCAACUUCUCGGGAUGCUAGCUGGUCCACCGUACAACUGAGCAAGGCCAAGGACAGUGCAUAUUCCCCAACGGCUGUUCGAGAUGCCAAUCCUUGGAUCAUACCCCAUUUUUCUUACUGGAAGCUCUCUUUGGAUAGAACAGAGCUUCCAUCGUCACUCGACAAGGAGAAUGUGCCCGAAAAUACUGAUAUUGGAACAGGCAACAAAGCAAUGUUUCUGACGUUUGAGGACGGCCAAACAACAUAUAACAAUCUUGCUGUCGAUCUCCCCCUUGGAAUCAGAGGCUUCUGCAACCCCACAUUCCUUCACAGUCUGGCUUCAUUGAUAGACGGACUCGAACCGAAACAUCCAAUCCAGAUCAUCGAUUCUCUUCAGAAAGAUGUCAUAUCUGACAUUGUUGGCUAUGAUAAGGCUAUGAGCCAACCAAAGAAGUCAACAUCUAUUGCUGUUCGAGUCCCAACAAUUCAGUUUCGCCUCCUUGAUCUAUCAGGGUGUCCAGAUCAGAGACAUGUUGAGUUUCGUGACGAGUACACGAUUUCGGUGCACAACCUUCGGGCCGAGUUUCAAAAGAGGGUCGAGCGACACAAAGGAGAUCUUUUGGAAGGCCUUAAACAGGGCAUGACCGUUCAUGCAGCGGCUGAUCAUUUCUGGAUUUCGGUCGAGGGUAGACAAACUGAUACAUUUGAAGAAAAGGCUAUGUUCAAUUGCGACCUGGGUGAUAUGAACUUUUGGCUAGUAACUGAGCCGAACAUCUGUUCUCAUCUUCAAAUGCGACAUUUUAACACGGUCACCUCUGCAAAAUCUGUCGAGCGUUUGGCCUUCCUCGUUCGUCGAGCUACAACCAUGUUUGACUCUGUGGCGACGACUUUCCAGCACAUUUCGACUUCCAGCACACAACGCCUAAGAUUACUCGUCUACUUCUUGACAAAAUCAGCUGGCGAUAUCACGGAUCCCAUUUUCCUGACGCGCAUUUCCAACGUCCUUCGUAUCGCUCCAGAACACUUACGGCAGCACGAUUCAUGGAAAAUAAUUUCCCGCAUUCGUAAUAUCUACCAGCAUUUGCCGGUGUACUAUAAGCGAGAGCUCGAACAAACAUGUCAAGGCGACAUUCUUCCUGUGCCAUCUGAUGCCCAGUCAACGGUGCUGAGUGGGUUAGAUCAAUGGCGAGCAUGGGACCUAGCUCAUGUCGAUAAAAGCUACGUUAUGCGGAAGAUUUGGCCAAGCUCUGAGCCACAACCGGUGAAACCGGAGCCUUCCAUGUCCCUGUCAUGUACUGUGAAAACACUCCGAUUCUCUUUGGACCCCGGUCCAAGAGAAAGCGAUUUCAUCGUUGAGAAUCUCUCGACCGUCGCGUCGCUUAUUCCAAACAAAGCAAUCCAAGAGGGCGACAUCAAGAAUAAGAAGGUUGCCACGCUGCAGUUUUACUCUUCUUCCGCUGCUCUGCGCUUGAGAUGGGAGGUUGUGGAUCUUGUCGAGGGACUGAUAAAGGUCAUGUCCCCUGUGACGAUGGACUCUUCGCCUCCGGCAUCUGUUCCUACCCGUGGGGAGCAGAAGCUUACCGAAUUCCACAUCAUUUUUGGUACCGAUUUCGGAUCCAUCACACUCGACGCUAUUAACUUGAAGCUGGCACUUGUCUCCAAAAGUCUACGUGGAUCUCUCGUCCACACCUCUCAAAGCACGAAGAAGUCGAGAAAUGAGGGUAUUGCCCUGCUUUUCAGUGCUGAAGGUUGCUCUUCAGAGCUCUUCAGUCAGUCCAGAACUCUGAUGUUGUCGAGAAUUGCCGACCCUUACUUGUACUUGUCGUUGAUGUCUGAUGAUAAUGAACUACAAUGCAAGCAUGAAUGGAAGGUUGCGGGUUCUUGUAGGAAGCUUCGAUAUGACAUGAAGGAGGAUCCAGUUAGCCUGGCCCACACCGCUGAUCGUCUGAUAGAAGAUGAAAUCCGGUACAUUCGACAUCUUGUGGACAAUGUCAAAUUUCCAAAACCCCAGCCUGAGCAAGCCGCGACUCGGAAUAAGCCUACCCAUAACAACAUCAACGUGGCGAUGUUCCUUGAGGAUUAUCGGCUCAGCUUUAGUCUUUUGCCUUCUUUGACCUACCUGAUAUCCGGCGAAGUCGCCCGAAUGUCGGUAUUGCCCACGGAAACCUCCAAGAUCGAGGUCGAUUUCGAUAUCAAGAAGAACUCGCAUAUCUUCACCUCUGGCGAAGGGGACCGGUCUCGGACUCUUUCGAAUCUGGAACUUCCUCCCGCGAAUGGCCGAAUCCUGGCGAAUAUCUCCUCGGCGCAGAAAGAAGUGGAAGUUGACAUGACAAUUGAGCCCAUUCGCUUAGAAGCUAGUGCUGUGCGCAGUCUCCUCGGCGUUCUGACCGGACCGGAUGUUUCCCAUCUCAUCUCAGACCUCAAGCAAAAUGUGGACGUACUCCAAUCUCAUCUUGGCGAGAUUAUUUCGUUACCGACAUCAAAGCUCGAACCCGAAGUGGUUACCGAUGAUACGGUGAUCCUGUACAAAUCUCGACUCACAGUAGCUGGAUUUGAGAUACAUGCAAUUGCACCGGGUCUGAACAGCAACAAGUACCCAGCAGAGAUGAUCUUCAGCCUAGGAAUGAUGCAGAUGCGACUUCAGAAUGGCCUUGACCGUGGUUAUGCCAUGGAAUACCCAGAGUUCAGCAUUGAUGCUUCUCAAAUCAGCCUUGAGUUACGCAGGCGAGAACAAUCGAAGAGUAAACCCUAUGGUGGCAUGUCAGCUGGCAUCAAACUCCAGGGGACUUCCACAGUUCGUGAGAAUGGCGAGGUGAUACGAGCGUAUCAUCUCACCAGCGACAAGUUAGACGUCGAGCUGUUCGCCGAAACGGCCGCGCUGGUGGUUGAUAUUGCUAUCUACACGCAAGAACGCAUCAAGACUCUGGAUUUAUCUCACGAAGUUCAACGUCUGCGCAGACUGCGACAUCGCAACUACCACCAAGAAAGACCUAGGACUCCCCUCGAAGCGCCAGAGAUUCACGUGAACGACAAUGAUGCUACGCAGGUCUUCUUGAAUGCCUUUUAUUCAUUGGAGUUUCGAGAUAUUCAAGUCGCAUGGAACAUGUCGACGGUUUUGUCUGGUGAAACCGGUGGCCGACAACCCGAGGACUUGAUAUUCUCCAUCAAACAAGUUGAGCUGUCCAACAAAAAGAAGAAUGCGGCCAAGCUCCGGAUUGAAGACGUGCAGCUUCAGAUGGUUCCAUUCCGUGCAGAUAGGAAGAAGCGUUCGCUCACUUCGGCUCUCAUGCCGGAAUUGGUUUUCAAUGUCACCUACUACUCCAGCGGAAAGGAAUUGUGGCUUGCUUUCCAAGCUGCGGGGAAGUCACUAGAUAUUCGUGCAACAUCCGAGUUCAUCAUUCCUGCUAACAGAAUACGGAACUCCAUUGGAUCUGCCAGCGAGGCGCUACGCGAGGGCAAGGCUGCUUGGGCUACAACACCAGCUCUGGACAAUGCCAACAAGGACCGUAGUCUAUUUGGCAACAAACGCCUCCGAUCGGUUUUCGUUGACGUUGAUUUUGCUGGUGCCACACUCUCUCUACAAGGGAAGCAGAGCCAUAAUGCGCAGACCUUGUUGACUGCCACGUUGAAGGGCAGUAGAGUUUCAGAGUCAAAAUACGGUCAAUACGUGCAAGGGGAUUCAGCUACAACGGCUACACUCCGGGCACCAGGCGUGGCUCUGAAAGUUCACUUUGAGGACAAUGGCACGGACGACCCAACACUCAAUGCGGAACUGAAGGUUAAUCCAUCUACCAAUGUCCUGUACCCAACGCUCGUUCCCCUAGUCAAGCAGAUGACCGCCACGGUGAAAGAGAUCAUGAGUGAACAGCAACAAAGCCAGCAAGGCCAUCCACGAAGGCCAUCCACGUCAGCAAUGUUGCAACCACAGAAGUUGAUGCAAGAGACCCCUUUUGGUGCACCGGACCCAAAUUCCAUCCUGGGACGCUGCAAGGUGAAUCUUGGAUUGUUAUUCUGUAAACAAGAAUUCAGUCUAAGCUGCCAGCCGAUCGCCAGGGUAGCUGCCACCGCGCAAUUUAAAAAUGUCUACGUGACUGUCAACACGGUACAGUCGACCGAGCAGAGUCGUUUCCUUGCUCUAUCAUUGGCGUUUGACGGCCUCGAGGCUUCAGUCAAGCAUGUUUACUCUAAUGAGUCUACGGCAAGCUUCGAAGUUCAGUCUAUGGUAUUGUCUCUCAUGAAUAGCAAACAUCUUGGCCGAACGAGUGGAAUGUCGGCAAUCUUGCGAGUGAGCCCCAUGAAGGUCUCCUUGAAUGCUAAACAGCUUCAGGAUUCUCUACUGUUUCGCGAGAUUUGGCUACCAUCGGAUGAUGACGAAGCCGACACCGUGUCUCCUCCCCCACAGCCAGAGCAGUCCGAGUCUCAAACAUACAUCGUGCAGCGAUAUCAGCAGGUUGCAUCCACAUCGGCGUUCCCGUGGAAUACCACCAUCGCCGUCGAGAAGCUAGAGAUUUUGCUUGACUUGGGAUCGACACUGGGCAAGGCUCAAUUUGCGAUUGAUAAUGUCUGGGUCUCCACUAAUAAGACCUCGGAUCACGAGCAAAGCAUGUGCAUCAAUUUUGACUCUGUUGGCAUUGAGUGCAAGGGUCGCAUGUCAGGGAUCGUCGAGUUACGCUCGUUCAAGGUUCGCACUUCCAUCAAAUGGCCCGAAGAGACGGCUGGACACACGCCUCUUAUCCAGGCCUCGAUUGCUUUCCAUCACCUGCAGGCCAAGGUGUCUUUUGACUACCAACCCUUCUUGGUCGCUCAUGUGGCCGAAUUCGAUUUCAUCAUGUACAAUGUGCACGAGACUCCCGAUAAAGGAAGCGAACGGCUGUUCAGUAUCUUGGAGGGGGAUGAGGUUCAGGUGUUCUGCACGUCUCUCACCGCGUCUCAGACAUUAGCGCUGUUCCAAGCCUGGCAACGUCUGGUGCAAGACAAGCAAUCGGCCUACGAGGCAUCCUUGAGGGAGGUGGAGCGGUAUCUCCGGCGCAAAUCCUCCGCCCUCCCUAGCCGGAUAGAAGCCCACAGUAAGGAACUGGCCAAGAAAGACGAGGAUUCGGAGCGCACCCCUGGCUCUCUUCAUACCGGAGUGGUCGUCAAUGUCCGACAUGUCAACCUGGGGGCCUUCCCCAGCUCGUUCUUUGACAAUCAGAUCUUCAAGGUCGAGGCGUACGAUGCUCAAGCCCGAUUUGGCGUGGCGCUUGAGUCCAACGAGAUUCAUAGCGCACUCGGUCUCACGCUCGGUCAACUACGCGUGGCUCUCUCUGGUAUCAACCGCCCGCCUUCCACCCACGUGGACGAGCUGUCCGUCAACGAGAUCGCCGCACGUGUAGCCGGCUCUCGUGGUGGCACCAUCCUGAAAGUGCCUCGCCUAGUGGCCGGUAUGGAAACUUGGCAAGUGCCCGGGACACGACAUAUCGACUACAUCUUCCACAGUACGUUCGAAGGCAAAGUGGACGUGGGCUGGAACUACUCGCGCAUCAGUUUCAUCCGCGACAUGUGGGAGACGCAUUCGCGAGCCUUGGCUACCCGGCUCGGUAAGCCUUUGGCGCCGUCAGCAGUCCGAAUCACCGGUGGGCCCGGCAGCGGUGGCGGCCAGGGAGGAGAGGGAGGUGGCGCAGGGGCCGAGCAGCAGGACAAGAUUACGGCAGUGGUGAAUGUGCCGCAAAGCAAGUACACUUACACGGCAUUGGAGCCGCCGGUGAUCGAAACGCCACAGCUGCGGGAUAUGGGUGAAGCAACGCCGCCACUGGAAUGGAUCGGGUUGCAGCGUGAUAAGCUGCCCAAUGUCACACACCAAAUCAUCAUUGUGACUCUGUUGGAGAUUGCAAAGGAGGUUGAGGAUGCAUAUGGAACAAUAUUGGGGAGCUGAAGCAGAGGAGGGAGCGAUGCGUGGAGGGUGUUUUGAGGCGCGCUGGAGUAUCAUUCGUUGUAGAGAGAGAACUCCGUACUACGUUGUGUAUAUAAUAGUGUUGGUGAUUCCAUAUGGAGGAUUCUUGUACAUUAUUGCUUCCCGAAUUCUACUUUUAUUUCUUCCAAGGAAUGUACCGUUGUCAUUCUACGAUACGUCGGUAGGUUAAAACACCAUGAUUCAAACCGGUCAUCUCAAGCAGGUUGAUCUACGGAGUACUGUAACUGGAC